UUUAUUUUUGAGGGACAUCUUACAUCAGCUCAGUUUAAACUAAGCAGCUUUGCUGUAAAAGAAGACUUGGGUUUUUCUUGAGAAAUUCAUCAAUAUUGACAGCACCUAACUGGAUUACAAGCCACUGGUGACCAAUGAUAUAAGACAGCAUACUUUAAAAGAACGGUACUUCUUUCUCUUUCUGAGAUGAAAUACUUUCCCAAGAUGCACUUCAUUCUGUUGAUGCUGCUGUAUCUGUUGGGUGCUGCAAGAACUCAAGUCAAUCCAGGUGUGUGCCGCUAUCCUCUUGGAAUGUCUGGGGGGCAGAUUCAAGACGAAGAUAUCACAGCAUCCAGUCAGUGGUCUGAAUCUACCGCAGCUAAAUAUGGAAGGCUUGAUUUUGAAGAAGGGGAUGGAGCUUGGUGCCCCGAGAUCCCUGUGGAGCCAGAUAACCUGAAAGAGUUCCUUGAGAUUGACCUGCGCACUCUGCACUUUAUAACCCUGGUGGGGUCACAGGGACGCCAUGCUGGGGGCCACGGCAACGAGUUUGCUCAGAUGUACAAAAUCAAAUACAGUCGGGAUGGGAGCCGCUGGAUAUCUAGAAAGAACCGCCUUGGGAAGCAGUUAAUCGAAGGGAACAAAAACGCCUAUGACAUUGUCCUGAAGGAUCUGGAGCCUCCCAUCAUCGCCAGAUUCGUUCGAUUCAUCCCUGUGACUGAUCACUCCAUGAACGUGUGCAUGAGGGUCGAGCUCUAUGGUUGUGAGUGGUUAGAUGGUCUGGUCUCCUAUAAUGCUCCAGCAGGACAGCAGAUCAUUGUGCCAAGAGGUUAUAAUGUUUACCUCAAUGACUCGGUUUAUGAUGGCGCAGUUGGUUACAGUAUGACAGAGGGUCUUGGGCAGUUGACCGAUGGAGUGUGGGGUCUGGAUGACUUCACACAGAGCCAUGUGUACAAUGUCUGGCCUGGCUAUGAUUAUGUGGGCUGGUCCAAUGAGAGCUUCACCACCAACUAUGUGGAGAUUAUGUUUGAGUUUGACAGAAUCCGGAACUUCACCACAAUGAAGGUUCACUGUAACAACAUGUUUUCAAAGGGGGUGAAGAUUUUUCGAGAGGUGCAGUGUUAUUUCCGCUCAGAGACCAAUGACUGGGAGCCCAACCCCAUCUCCUCCGUCCUGGUGCUGGACGAUGUUAACCCCAGCGCCCGCUUCGUCACCGUACCCCUCCUAAACCGCAUGGCCAGUGCCAUCAAGUGCCAGUACUACUUUGCCGACACCUGGAUGAUGUUCAGCGAAAUCACCUUCCAGUCAGACACUGCCAUGUACAACACAACCGGAGCUCCACCAAAAAUCCUACCUGGAACCCCUACCAGCACACAGCCAGGUGAUGACCCAACCCACAAAGUGGAUGACAGUAACACUCGCAUUCUGAUUGGCUGUUUGGUGGCCAUUAUCUUCAUCCUGGUUGCCAUUAUUGUUAUCAUCCUGUGGAGGCAGUUCUGGCAGAAGAUACUGGAGAAGGCUUCUCGGCGGAUGCUGGACGAUGAACUGACUGCCAGUCUGUCACUACAGAGCGAGACCUUCACCUAUAACAACAACAACAAUCGCUCAUCUUCAGUCAGUGAACAGGAGUCCAACUCCACCUACGACAGGAUCUUCCCCCUGGGGCCCGACUACCAGGAGCCUUCCAGGCUGAUCAGAAAGCUGCCCGAGUUCUCUCAGGCGGCCGAGGAGGCUGCGGCCGGCGGCAGCGGGGUUGUGAAGCAAACCCCGGCCAGCGGACAGGAGGGUAUGCCGCACUACGCCGAGGCUGACAUCGUGAACCUGCAGGGAGUGACUGGUAGCAACACCUACGCCGUUCCAGCUAUCACUAUGGAUCUGCUCUCCGGGAAGGAUGUGGCGGUCGAGGAGUUCCCCAGGAAACUGCUCACCUUCAAAGAGAAGCUUGGGGAGGGGCAGUUUGGAGAGGUGCACUUGUGUGAGGCUGAGGGAAUGUCAGAGUUUACUGACAAGGAUUUUUCUUUUGACAUCACUGCAAAUCAGCCUGUUCUGGUAGCUGUAAAAAUGUUACGAGCAGAUGCCAACAAGAAUGCCAGAAACGAUUUCUUGAAAGAAAUUAAGAUCAUGUCUCGAUUAAAAGACCCCAACAUUAUCCGCCUUCUGGCAGUGUGUAUCUGCAACGAUCCUCUCUGUAUGAUAACGGAGUACAUGGAGAACGGGGAUCUCAAUCAGUUCUUAUCCCGUCACGAGCCAGAGGGACAGGUCUGUCUGGCCAGCAACACCCCCACUGUCAGUUAUGCCAAUAUUCAGUACAUGGUCACACAGAUAGCAUCGGGCAUGAAGUACCUUUCCUCCCUCAACUUUGUUCACCGUGACCUGGCCACCCGUAACUGCCUGGUUGGCAAGAACUUCACCAUCAAGAUUGCUGACUUUGGGAUGAGCCGCAACCUGUACAGCGGAGACUACUACCGCAUCCAGGGGAGAGCCGUACUGCCCAUCCGUUGGAUGUCCUGGGAGAGUAUUCUGUUGGGCAAGUUUACCACUGCCAGUGAUGUGUGGGCAUUUGGGGUAACUCUCUGGGAGACUCUGACCUUCUGCAAGGAGCAGCCAUACUCCCAGCUAUCAGACGAACAGGUCAUCGAAAACACCGGCGAGUUCUUCAGGGAUCAGGGUCGGCAGAUCUAUUUGCCGCAGCCUGCCAUUUGCCCGGACCCUGUCUACAAACUAAUGCUAAGCUGCUGGAGGAGAGACACCAAGGAUCGGCCAUCAUUUCAAGACAUCUACCGCAGUCUUCUAGACUGCACAACCUAGGAGGAACAGCGUUUGCAAAGGCAAUGCUUGCAAACUGGACUUUGGUGUUUGUUUCUUCGUGUAGAAACACACCUAGUAUGUGCAGAUGGGAAUGUGGGGAGAAAGAGACAAUCAAGGAAGCCAAUGAAGGUUGACGGGCAUUAUUUAUAUAUGAGAAUUAUCAGCUCAGUGUCUAUAUUUGUUUAUUGUGUUGUCACACUGCCUAAACAACGGUUUCAGAGGGAGUGUCUUGAGGUCCUCCACAGCAAAUUAACUGAAAAGAGAAAGACAAAGGAGCAGUAAGAACAAUUGCCAGUAAGAACCAUAGUUCAGUGUGCUAAAUUCAGAGAUAUUGGUACUUCUUUUUAUUCUCGAGAUCUUUCGUUGUUAUAAAGACCUCUUUAAGGGCCUAUAAAGGGAAUUCCAUAUUAUAAUAUAUAAUAACUGUUUUAAUAGUAAUCGUGGCCUUAAUAAUUAUGGAAGCCUUUCUUUUUUCUAUCAAUGUUUAUAAGCAUUAUAUUGGAAGUUGUUUCAGUUUAAAAAAAAAUGUUAAAACUUAUACAGAAACUAUUAUAUUUUUUAAAUUAACACUUGCACAUUUUUGUAGAAGAACGCUUGAAAGUAAGACCCUAAACGGUGCAAUUUAGCCAAAUAUUAUUAAAAAUAAGGAAAGAAAUGCUCACGAAGGUAAUCUAAAAUUUUAAAAACAGCAUGUUAUUCUCUGGGACCAAGCACUAGAAAUGCUGGUGACAAUGAUGUAUAAAGAACUGCAUUUGUGUAUUUUAUUUUUUAGAUACUUUUGAAUGGAAGAGCCGUUUGUGGCCAUAUACUUAGAUAUGUAUGUAUGCAGAUUUUAUUAAAUACAUCCACCACACAUACCAAAGUGCUAUUAUACUAUCUUUAGAUAGUUAUUUUUUUGUUUUAAAUGCCCUAGAAAUGUCGUGCCAGCUAUAUUACUUAAAAUGUAGUCUAUGAUUUUGGAACUGGGAUUAGGACACACCUGCCCUGUGUUCACAGUAUAAUCUAUUUAUUAGGCCGGUGCUAUUUUCAUAUUUCCUAAUGCCAGUAAAAUGUAGGAAAAUAUGUUGUGUUGUAUCUUGUUGCAUGAGCCAUAAAGUAGUCAAAUAAAAGUUUAUUCUAAAUUAUUAUGUAAAAAGAAAACAAUAAAUAUCAAAUCCUAGGGGAAUUCCCUCUUCAAUCGAUUGUGUGUUCAUUGUUAUCCUCUACUGUUUUUGAAGACAUCCAUCAACUCCUAUGAGUUAAAAGACUUGACAAAAAUGCAGUUUAUUUUUGCCUAUACUGAAGCUUUCUGUAUUGGCUUCCAUACACACAAGAAUACUACAGUAUGCUUGUUAUCUGAAACACAGAAUUUGUCUCCAUUCCUUCAUGGUGCCAGUUCCAGAUAGGAAAGAAGACUUGACAUGUAGAUCUACAUAUUAGGUUUUCAUUUUAAAGGUAGCAAAAUUCCUUUGAAGGUAUAUUGAUUUUAAUUCAAUUCAAUUCAAUUUUCAAUGUAUUUUAUUUAUAUAGUACCUU